AUGCCGGUGCAGUUGUCAGAUUUUCAAAAGAUUGGUCUUGGGUUAUCGAUAUUCGGCGUCGGUUUUCUAUUUAUUGGCAUGAUAUUCUUAUUUGAUAAAGGUCUAUUAGCUGUAGGCAAUAUUCUAUUUCUUGCUGGAUUAUCAAUGAUUAUUGGAUUUGAAAGAACAUUUCGAUUUUUUUUUCAAAGAUAUAAAAUAAAAGGCACAGUAUUAUUUUUUGGUGGUAUUUCAUUUGUGUUAUUUGGUUGGCCGCUUAUUGGAAUGAUUAUUGAAGCAUACGGAUUUUUCCUGUUAUUCGGUGGUUUUCUACCUGUCGCUGUCAAUUUUCUGAGACGUCUUCCAAUUAUUGGUUCAAUACUACUGUUACCAGGCAUUCGUCAGAUGUCAUUUACUUUUAAGAAAAAACUGAGUACUGCUGCGAAUGAUGCAACAUCGGCAGCGCCCUCAUCUUCUUCAACCCUUCGUUUACCGCCUGGCACUCGUUUAAACACAAAUGGAAAUUUGUUAUUAAUAUCAUCGGGUAUACAAUCGUUAGACUCAUUUAUUGGUGGAGGUUUUCCAGUCGGUUCAUUAAUUUUGAUCUAUGAAGAUGACGAUUCAUCCUAUUUAUCCGAUUCCAUUCUACGUUGUUUUUUAUCGGAUGGUGUCUACAGUAAACAUGAUCUUUGCAUAUCAUCAAUGAGAACGGAUCCAACACAAUUUAUCAAGAAUUUACCUACUAAAAGUGAAAAAGAUCAAGAACAAGAAGACGGCCAAAGUGAUGAUUCAUCGAUGAAAAUCGCGUGGCGUUAUGAAAAUCUAUCGUCAUCUACCCCUUCGCUUAAAGCUCAACAACAUUCUCAUUACGAUUUAAACAGCAAAAAUUCAAUUCUGCCAGAAUUACUUGAUCAAAUAUCUAUAACUAAAUUUACAUGGACAGAUUAUGAACAGAAACAACAGAGAUCUAAGCAGAAAUGGUCAACAAGUUAUCGUGAUUUUUUGUUUCAAUCGAUCGAUAAUUUAAUAUUAUCAAAUUAUUCUACAACAAAUGUUAAAGAAGACAAACGUAUAUUACGUUUGUGCAUUCAAUCAUUAUCAUCCUGUCUAUUCGAUACGGAUCAGGAACGUUUUGCUCAAAUAUAUUCAUUUCUCUAUUGUUUAAGGAUAUCGCUACGUCAAUCAUUAGCAACGUGUAUUGUAACAUUAUCAUCAAAAUAUUUCUAUAAACAACUGGAAAAUUUAUGUGAUAUUAUUUUCGAAAUGAAACUACCAUCUCAACUGAUAAGUGGUGAUUACGUUGGAUUUUGCAAUAUAAUCAAAUUACCUAAAUUAAACUCGAUCACAUCUUUUAUACCGGAUACAUGGGACAUUGGAAUUAAACUGAUUAAACAUAAGAAAUAUCUGUUGUUUGAAAAAUAUUCUAUCCCACCAGAUCUCGCUAGUGAUGCGAGUCGAGAUGGCUCCAAUGAAAAAAAGAGUAGUAGUUUAAUGAACAAUUCAUCUUCGGCAUGUUCGACUCAUCUUCAAGCUAAUAAAUUAGAUUUUUAA